AUGCCCGCUACCGUGCCGGAUUCGAGUCCAAGAAGGGAAUUUGGCAGCUUAUUUAAUAAUAAGAAAUACUCAGAUUUGACCGUGUACCUUAGAGAUAUCCCGCUUCCAGCUCAUCGGUUGAUCCUGGGCAUGCGCAGCCCAUACCUUGAGGAUCAACUGCAGCCCCAAAAAUGCGGAGUUAUUGGGCUUAGAUUUGACGAGGACAACCCGCACGCUCUUUGGCGAGUGUUUGAAUACAUAUACACUGGGGAUUACGCUGAUGAACCGGCUGAGUUACUUCAGUUGCUUCUCGAAGAUGACGAUCCCGAACUGUUUAGGCACCUUCGAGUCUACGCUCUCGCUGACGCAAUGCAGAUGGAGGACCUGAAAAGCCUGUCGUGCAAGAAGUUCGAGCUCCAGCUAAAAGAGCAUUGGAUGAGUGAUACGUUUGUUGAUUGUAUACGGGAGGUAUAUUCGACGUCAACAGGCAUCGGCACAGCUGCUACAAGGAGAGUCGUGGUGGAGACGGCAUCCUUACAACAGAAUGAAUUUGUUCAAGAGCCACUAUUUCAAGAUCUUGUUCGAGAGGUGGGGGAUUUUGCAGUUGACUUGAUCUCGGCAAUGGCGAAGGGAGGCGGCGCCUUCAGGAAUGUUUAA